AAAAAAUAUAAAUGGAUGAAUUUAAGAUAUUCAUAAAAGAUAAUAAUUUAGAACUAGCACAAGAUGAUAUUGACGACAAGACUUUUAUGGCAAUUUGCGGUAUUUUAGUAAUAAACAACAAUAAAGCUUUAAGCCCUUUGGAAAUUGCCCAUGAGCUACAGUCUAGGAAUUGGAACGGUUUUAGUGGCACAGCACCAGCGACAACGAUCGCUAACCACAUACGCAACCACUCGAGGAGGAGAAAUGAAUCGGCAAAUUUAAUCAGAAAGCAUAAAUUAACUGGUACAAAGUUAGAUGAGAAGAUUUUGCCUUACAUCGGAAACAGAGCAAACAAAGGCGUCGUUUAUUUCUUAAAUGGCGCUCUUACUGGCUAUAAGAGCCCUUGGGAGGCUGCAGGUGUUAACGACCCAUAUGCGCCUGCAACUAGUUCAUCUACACCUUCUUCAGCUUCAGACUCUAAAUCCUCUUCAUCAAAUAAGAGAAGAAGUUCAGAGAGGAUAAAUCAACCGAGAAAGUCGCGUAGAUCAGAAGUAUUUCCUCUAUCUCCCGCUCAAAGUGACAAUGAAGAGAAGCCACCGACACGUAGACUCAGAUCAAAUCAUGUGGUCAACGAUGAUGAUGUCAAGGAUGUCAGCAAUGUGGAAAACGUUAGAAGUUCCAAACACGAUGAUGGCCUAGAAGAUGUCAAGAAUAUUAAAUUGGAACAGACCGUUGUCAAACCAGAGCCAUUCGAACCGUCAGAGAUUUCCAUUGAGGAAGUCGUAGAUAAGCAAGAAGUUGAAAAGUCUCUACUUCAAGCACCAGCUGAAUUUCCGACACGACCACCAUCACCUGCACAAUCUGAACGUGAGGAUGAGGAUGAUUUUCACAUCUCAAUGAUGAGUCCAUCAGCAGAGACAUUACCAGCUGUUGAGAAAGAUGAAAUCGAAUCAAAAAAUGAUAACUCAAAUCAAACUAAUAAAACAAACGAUAUAGCUAACUUAUCAUCACUCGAGAAAGAAUUGGAUGAGCUAUCACCAAUUUCUAAUGAAAUGGAUUGCGUUGAAUCCAAAGAUAAUGACUUUAUAUGCAAUUUAGCAACACCACCACUUUCACCUAAAUUAUCAAUUAAUGAAGAUUUACCAGUAGAUGCACUUGAUGAAAUUGAUACAAUCUGGACUGAACAGGUUGAUUAUCGUCAAAGAAGACAAAGUGCAAUUAAUAAAACUUUACUCAAUAGCUUGGACUAUGUUGAAUCAAUCAGAGCUGCUGCAAGGCAGUAAGAUUGAUGUAAUUUUACGACCUCAAUUUGCUCAAUAUUUAUUAUACUAAUGUAUUCGAAAAUCACCGCUCAAUAACACCCAAAUUCUUGUAUUUGGCAAACCACAAGAUUGUAUAACAGGAAAAAUCACAAAUCAAAUCAAUUUCACAGUCAUUUGAUUUCAUGUAUAACAG